UUGAAAGACUUAAAAAGAUAACUGGAAAAAAAAUGAAACGGAUGUCAGCUAAAGCAGAAGCGCAACAUAUAAAAACUGACGAGAUGUUAAAGCUGAACAAACAUAUGAGAAAAAUUAAACAAUUAGAAGAAAUGCUUGCUAGAAAGUCGGAAAUAAAACAGACUUUGAAAGAUAGAGUGACAACGCAGUUAAAAGCAACUAGAUUUAAAUUUAUAAAUGAGAUAUUAUGCAAUAAUGACAGUUCGCUAUCUAAGCAUUACUUAAAACAGAAUCCUGAUGCCUUUAAGGCUUAUCAGAUAGGAUAUAAAUGGCAACUUGAACAAUGGGCAAUGAAUCCAUUGGAUGUUAUAAUAUCAUCAAUUAUAGAACUGCCAACGGACAAUAUAAUCGCUGAUUUUGGAUGUGGUGAAGCACGACUCGCUGCUUCCGUUCCUCAUACGGUACAUUCGUUUGAUUUCAUUGCUCUGAAUGAUAGAGUAAAAGCUUGUGAUAUGGUUUCUACUCCUUUACAAACAAACAGCGUCCACGUUGUCGUAUUUUGUCUCUCUUUAAUGGGAUCUAAUCUUAACGACUAUGUAAUAGAAGCCAAUAGGGUUCUGAAAGAUAAUGGUAUCUUGAAAAUAGCCGAAGUGGAAAACAGAUUCGAGGAUGUGAAAGAUUUUAUAAGAUUGUUGCGUAAUUAUGGUUUCAAAAAUACGAGGAAAGACUUGUUUGACUUGUUUUAUUUUAUGGAUUUCAAGAAAGCAAAAGCUAUAAGCAUGAAGAGGAAAACUCUCUCUCCAAUUAUACUGAAAUCAUAUUUAUAU